GAACAGCUGUUGUGUAACAAGUCUCCUCUGAGGUUAAAACAUUCCGUCCUGCAGGGCAGCGCCUAAAGUAGGGAGCUAAAUAACCAAAACCAAUAGCUUCAGAAACUCCCUGAAACUGACCAGACUCACUAGGCCCCUCCCUGACAGGGUAAGCAGAGCCUCCCUGCAAAGCUCUCAUAACAAGAAGAGCUGCCGGAGAGACUAGAGCAACUGAGGUGUCUGGAAGGGACACUCUCCAUGCAACCUUACUGAGCUGUCUGCAGGCUGAGCAGUGUGUCCGGGGCCCAGCUUUGUGAGCUGUCACCCAUGCAGCAGAGGGCUUUGGUGAUGCAGCUGUCUGAGUUCCUCUGUGACCAGAAGUACAGCGAUGAAGAGAACCUGCCAGAAAAGCUUGCAGCCUUCAAAGAGAAAUACAUGGAGUUUGACCUGAACAAUGAAGGCGAGAUUGAUCUGAUGUCUUUAAAGAGGAUGAUGGAGAAGCUGGGGGUCCCCAAAACCCACCUGGAGAUGAAGAAGAUGAUCUCAGAGGUGACAGGGGGUGUCAGCGACACCAUCUCCUACCGAGACUUUGUGAAUAUGAUGCUGGGCAAACGGUCAGCUGUCCUCAAACUGGUCAUGAUGUUCGAAGGAAAAGCCAAUGAGAGCAGCCCAAAGCCAGCUGGCCCGCCUCCAGAAAGAGACAUUGCCAGCCUGCCCUGAGGACCCACUUGGACCUUCCGGGCUGCCGUCCCCCCUUCUGCUCUCCCUGCUUUCUCAAUGUGUUGUGAUCUGUUGUCUGUGUUUUGUCUUAGCACAUGUUACCUGCCUUAAUGAAACUGGGGAAUCUUGGCCUCAGGGCCCCUCCUCUCUGCUUCCUGCUGCCCUGCCUUCCCUAUACGGAAGGGCUGACAUCAAACCAAAAACUAGAGAGGGCAUGGAGGCUGUGAAUCUGAGUCCCAUGUCUGAAGAGGGUCUCAUCCAUCAGUUCAUCUUUCUAGGUUUGUUUGUUUUCUGGUUUUAAUAGCCAUGGGUGUCCUGGCACUCGCUCUGUAGACCAGGCUGGCCUCGAACUCACAGGGACCCACCUGCCUCUGCCUCUCAAGUGCUGGGAUUAAAGGCGUGUGCCACCACUGCCCAGCCUCUUUCUAGGCUUCUAUGCUAAAUUCAGGCUGCAGGUUUGACCCUGGUGGGUCCCUCUCUUCCCCCACUCUCAGAAGAUCCUGAGCAGGCACAAAGCUCCAGGGCACGACUUCAUGCUUCCAGGGUUCAUGAGUGCCUCACAGACACAACUGCUUCCCCUUGGUCCUUGCGACUGUCCUCUUUGACGUGACUCAAGGUGGGGAGGAAAGAGCGACCACCGCAGCGUCCUUCAGAAGAACCAGAAGGGACUUCUGGCUUCACUCUCUCGACCGCACCUUUGCAGACAACCCAGAGGGAUGGUGCAGUUCCAAUGUCCCUUGCUAGGGCACAGGUGAAGAGAGUGGCUUAGGGAAGCCCCACUCCCAGGGAGGGUGCUGAGGGCGCCCACAGAGGAGCAGUCAUGUGAUCAUGACGAGUCUCAGAGUGGCAAGCUGUCUGGUCAUAAAAUGGCCCAAAUUCGGCUGUUUAGGUUCCUACCCGACUGGUCCUUCCUUCAGUCACCCAGUCAGCAGUUAUCUGUCAAGUACCCAUCACAAGCUUUAAGUCCUCCUGCUUUGUCUUGACGUGUGCUGUGUCCAACGCACAGCUUCCUUCUCAAGCCACUCAAACCCUGGAGUCUGGGGACUGGACUGAGGUUACUUGGCAGGUUUCAGCUGGGCUAGUCCCCUCAUUUCACUUGCUGGCCUACGGGAGUUACGUGCCUUGAUGAAAGGUCAGGGGGUUCAUCUAGAGAUAGGAGAGUAUACAAUGGAGCCCAGGAGCUCCGGGGAAGGGUGAAGAGGACUAUCUCCCAGCCUGACACUCGAGGAAGAUGCCAUCUCUUGUAAAGACCUUGGGUCAGGCCUCACCCUCCCGAGGGCCUUCGAGUUGGCAGUGGGGUUUGGGUAAGGACCAAGCCUACCUCUGCAGUUUGUCUUCCCCACAGCUUCUUCUUUUUUUUUUUUUUUUUUUUUUGGUUUUUCGAGACAGGGUUUCUCUGUAUUGUUUUGGAGGCUGUCCUGGAACUCACUUUGUAGACCAGGCUGGCCUCGAACUCACAGAGAUCCGCCUGCCUCUGCCUCCCAAGUGCUGGGAUUAAAGGCGUGCGCCACCAACGCCCAGCUUCCCCACAGCUUCUUGACUGGUCCUCAGAGACCGUUUCUAAGAAUUCUUGCAGCGAAGUAUCAAACUUGGCCCAUCUUACUUGAGUGGGGACCCCAGCCUCGACUCUGCCUGUUUUCUGAAAUCUUUUACUCUGGGCACUCAGGACAAGACAGUCAUUUAUCAAACACGUUUACUAAGCACCCCACUAUAUGCCCUGAGUCCUGAACCCAACAGUGAGAUGGACUGACACACGAAAUUUAUGUCUACUGGGGAGUCACACCCAGUCAGCGACAGUGUGAUGUUAGGAAAUGGGGGGCAGAGAGUGGCAGCUCAAUACCCUGUCGUCCCAGGGAUUCCGGCCAGCUCACGGCUUGGCAAGAGUUAGGAGAGCUUAAACCCUAAGUGGAAAGAGAUUGGGAACUGAUAAGCUAGUGUGGUUUUCCAGUCCCACAGCCCAGUACCCAGGAUGCUGAUCCCACAACACCUCGAGAAUGAAGCAAACAGCAUGAAAUGGCUAGCUCUGGUUAAUCCUCUGGUCCCAACCAGUCCGGCUCAGGAGAGAUCUUUUCUUUGCUAUGACUGGCUGACUUUCAGCCUUACAGCUGCUUCAGAUGUAGUCUAGUUGAUGUUUAACCCCAGCAUUCCUCCCUGUAAAUAUAAAAUCCUGCCUACCCUCACCUCAUCGAUUGGCUUUUUUUUUAAUUUUAAGAUUAGCAUGUCUCCCCAUUCCUUUUGCCUCAUUCUCCAGCUGGAUUGGGACCUUGGACUCUACUCAAUGUGUCCAACUCUCUGUGACAGGAAGGCAGAACCAGUCAGGUUCAGUGGGUCCACAACUCAUGAGGUUACACACCACCUCCAUAAAGGAGAGCAAAGGAGUGUGCCUGGACCUCUGCAAGGUACAGGAAGAGGUGCUCUAACUGGGAGGGGACCCUGUGAGUCCCUGGGAAGUCUUAAGAAUAACCCUUAGGGGGAGGAGUUUGCAUAUAUUUCAAGCUGUAUCUAUUGGCUCCAGGGUACUUAACCUGUCUGGUCAUGGGCUUAAUUUUCUUGGGAAGCUAGCUGUCAUCAUUCCCGAAAAAGACCAAAUCUAACUGGUGUAACCAGCCACAUAGGGACAGCCAAGUAUGGCUUUGUUCCUGCGACUCGAGACAUGUGUCAGGUAGAUAUGGAUGAGUGGUAUUAUGUGUGUUCGAGUGUAUGUAUGGGAUAUCGUCUGCUGCAGAUUAAAAUAAACUAGAUCAACUUA